CAUUUUGAAGAGUCAAAGUAGAAUUAUGAAUGACAUUGUCACUGUGAAGAAGGAUGUUGAAAGAAAUUAUUUAAGUCAACAGUAUAUAUAAUGCAUUCUUUCUACAAGGUUCAAAGAGAAGCACAUGAGUGGUUAGCUGAAUGCAAACAAGAGUUAGAAACCCUCAAACAAGAAAAAGAAAAAGGAGGAAGUCUUAGCAAGAAUGCAAAUAAGGCGGAAGAUAUAACAAUAGCUCGUGAUGUAGCAGACAACAAGAAUAUUCAAGGUAAUACAGCAGAUGAUAAGAAAGUUACUGAUGGUUCAGCAGACGACAAAAAACAAACUGAAAAUGAUGUAGCAGACGACAAGCAUAUUCAGGCUGAUACAGCAGACAAUAAGAAAGCUACUGAUGGUUCAGCAGAUGACAAAAAACAAACUAAAAAUGAAGUAGCAGACGAUAAGACAAAUAUGAAAGAUGAUACAGCAAAGGACAAGCUAGACAUUGAUGUUCUAGCAGACGACAGAAAAGAUGCUCCAUGUAAAGAAGCAGAUAAUAAAGAUCACAAGAAUCAAGAUGUGAGCGAAGAAAAAUCAAAACCAAUGCAUUACCACGUUCCAAAGGAGAUCCAUGUGAAAACUAUCCAGACGUUGGCAGAAUUAACCUCCAGAUGUAUAGAACAGUUUCACAAAGCAGCAGAAUUAAUGCUGCUUCACCAAGCCAAGGAACACUUCAGAAACCCAAUCCAAAUUGCAGCUAGCCUAUCUAAGUUAACGAGUGUACUAUGCUGCGAGGUGAAUAGCCUUACGUCGUCAUUCUGUGAGCAGCUCACGGUUGCUUAAGACGUCAUUGGAGAGGAAGAUGAUGUGAACUCAUUUAUUACAAAUUCAUAGUUGGAGGGCUCCAACAGCAUGUCAUACAUUCAGGAUGCAUUCCAGCUUCUUCUACCAGUUCUACAAGUCGUUGCCAUCGAGUAUGAAGAAUAAAACCACUAAAGAAAAUAGUUACCAGGUAUUUAAGACAAUGAAUUGAGAAUAGCCUGAUUCAAAUAAGCCAACGAAAGCUGAUGUUUGCACGUGCAGUCCUGUAUAGAUCAAAAUGCAUAUUUCCAAACACAUUACUGUAAAAACUGUUUGGUUAUGAUAUCUAAUUGGAAAUUUUAGUUGUAUUAUGUGGAUGCAGUUCAGUGCAGUGGAAAUGGGUUGGUUUCCCAACCACUUGGUCGGGGUUUCAAUCCUUCGCUGAGUAUUUUACUUGUGUCUAAGCAGUGUACUACAUUGCCUCAUUAUAACCAAUCAAUGAGUACCAGCAAAUUCCUGGAAGUAGCCAGUGAUGGACAAAUGUCCCACCCAGGGGGAGCAUCUCCUCCGCUUCUCGAUACUUAAAACUGGUGAUAAGCUCCAGCGCACAUGAGCCUCGUGCCUCGGCUAGGAUUUGAUUUUUAGUAUAAUAACCUCAAGCAAUAGAGAGACUGCGUAUAGGAAAAAAUAUUUGUUGCAGCAACUGAGAAAGAGACAAAUAUCGCUAAUGUAUCUUGAAGCAUAAGUCUAAUUAUAAAUCAUUUAUUAUCAUCAUUUUCAUUUCCACACAAUUUGCCUAUCCCAAGCAGAUAAUAAUUAGUGUCUGAUAAUUUUUGCAUCUCGUGUUCUCUUAGUCCGUUGAUGUACAUCGCAAUGUUUUCGUUGUUAAAGCAAAGCUCUGAUUGUACACAACGAACCUUUUAAAUGUCGCUCUACAGCAUUUGUGAAAAAGAAUGAAGCUUAGAUUACCUAGGAUGGCCAAGAAAGGCAUGUGGUUAUGGGAUAGAAAAGAAAUAGAUUUACUAUGGUCUAGAGCCACACACAAACCUACAGGUUUACACACAUGCACCCAUACUUUAUACCAGCUGAACUCAAAUAUCAGUUGCAAGGUUUUUUCACAACUCACUAAGCGCAUUUAUCUGGAUUCUACCAGAUUUACUUGCAACAUUCUUUUCAUUAGUAUUUUUGAAUGUAUAGCUCUGAGUAUACUGCAGAAGAGUAAAGCCACAUUUACACUAGACACAAUUACGAAACGAUACCGAUGUGCGCAGUGUUGAAGAAUACAAACUACGCAAUGAUAUGUCGUUGUCGUAAUCAUAUCUUGUGUAUAUGUGGCUUAAGGCGGGUUUAGCAAAAAAUAAUUUAUUAAGUUACAUAUCAUAAAGCCCAACACCGACAGCGCCCUACAACACACCCUGAUGCAAUUUAUCGUCGGAGACACUCUUCAGGUCAUUGUGAGAAUAUUAAACAUGUUUAAUAUUCUAUGACGCAACUGUUCCCGGCGCAGACCUAUUGCAUCAACGUUUAACUCACAAAGACCUGACGUGACAGCAGAUCGUGUCAGACUGCGAUUUACGACGCUGAGUUGGGGUUUAAACAUUUCGAGACUAAAGACGCAUUGAACAGUAGUUGAAAUUGCUUAAUUUGCAUAUUUUAUUAAAUACUGUACUUAGAUUUCAA